AUGGGAUGCAAUAUUGAAGAACAUGAAGAUUAUAUCUUCUGCUACAAAGGAGAAACGCCAGGCUUGUAUGGUGUGGGCUUCUUAGUUAAGAAAGAGCAUAAAAACAAGAUACUAAGCUUCUCAGGCCUAUCCGAACGCGUGGCUAUGCUGCAGAUUAAAUGUAACAAUACGACACUGUCAAUAAUACAAGCCUACGCCCCUACAGAGAGAGCACCAGAGGAGGAUAUCAACCUAUUCUACGAAACUCUAGAAACAGCGCUAAGCCAGGCAGGCAGACAUGUUCUUCUUAUCGGCGACUUUAACGCUCAGGUAGGUCAGACAAGCACGAACGAUAGUAUAGUCAUGGGAAAAUUCGGAUACGGAAAACGAAGCGAGAGAGGGGAAAGGCUUGUGCAAUAUGCCUUGGAAAACAAACUAUCGAUCAUGAAUACAUUUUUUAAAGCCAGGAAAAAUCGUAAAUGGACAUGGCUGUCUCCCGAUGAACAUACUAAAAAUCAAGUAGAUUUUAUUCUAUCGAACGAACCAAAAAAGAUAAGGAAGUUAGAUGUUCUCAACGCCUUAGGAUUUAGAUCAGACCAUCGCCUAGUCAGAGUUACAUACAUGCUAAAAAAAGAAAAGGAAAGCAGAACAACAUUUAAAUCACAACCUAAGCCCCUCAAAACAGAAGAAGAUAUUAGCUGCUAUUUGCAGAACUUAAAACAAAACAUACAAGAAUUGAACACACAAAACGACGAACACGACGUACAAACAUACUACAAUACAUUAGAAAAUGUUAUUAAUAAGAGCAUGCUAUCAAAAAAGAAGGAGCCAAAAGUAGAUACUGUUGGAAAAAUUCUCAGUAAACAUACACUGGAUAUGCUCAGAAAACGAACAGAACUAGUACAAAAAAAAACCAAAAACUGA